GUGUACCACUGGCUAGAGAUGAGGACCAAAAUGCGCAUCAUGGGCUUUCAUGCUGAAGCCAUCAAGCCACUAAAUGAGGAGGCAGCUGCUGAGCUGGGUGCAAACCUGCUGGGCGAAGCCAUCAUCUUUGCCACCGCGGGCUGCUGUCUGCUGCUGGAGUUCUGUCGCCAGAAGACAUCGAAACGCCGCAAGGAAGUGGCGCGCACGGCCACGGUGAUGUCGCUCCGGGAGGAUUUGGACCACCUGGAGGACGUGCUGGACGAGCUGCAGGUGCAGGUGCAGGAAGCCUUGCCCAGGAGCACACUGGGCGAGCUGCGAGCAGAGCUGCAUACGGAGUUGCGGACGGAGCUGCGGGCAGAACUGCAGGCAAAGCUGCGGACGGAGCUUCGAGCAGAACUGCAGGCAGAGCUGCAGGCACAGCUGCAGGAGUUCAGAACCCAGGUCUAUGAACCGGAGCUCGGGCCUGAACCCCAGUGCCCUGAGACCCCCCAGUGA